CUAAGUACAUAGACACAGCUAAGACAAUCCCAUGUAUCUUGUAUCAGUCCAGCUUGCCAUCCAUCCAUCUCACCGGUGCCCCCCGCCAUCCAAUCAGGGCAAGUCUGCUUCUCCAGUGGUCGGUAUAAGCAGCGGAGCAUGCUUCUUGAGCCUCCUCUCCAGUCUACUGCCCCGCCUACCCUCACCCACUUCACUUUACCAUACACUCUUGUCCACCGUUUCACCCGUCUCAGACGCUCGGUCCUGCUAUCCCACCCAAGUCCUUCGUCUCUGGCUUUUACCAUCCUCUCCCACCGUGUUUGCUGUCUCGCUCCAUCUCGUGGCCACCGGAUCGUCCAUAUAACGUACCGACUGCUGCCUAGCCACCCUAUAGCCAAUCCGCAAUCACUCACCAUCCACCCAUCCAGCCAGCGCCCCUCUCCGGCGCAUCCAGUCAACCGACAUUGGGGAUCCCGCAAACUUCUACCUUGACGCCCGUCUUUGGCAUUUCCAUUGCUGCCUGUCUUCUGCUUUGAUAGUCACCACUUCAUCAGCCUGCCGCCAUGGACGACGACCUGGCUUUCCUUAUUCCCGACGCCUUCGACUCCGACACGGGAACCGUCAUUGUCCUGCUGCCUGACAACUCCGUCUCGCAUAUCUACAAUGUCAACCCUUCUAUCAUCAAAGAGCAAUGCCCGCUUCUCUAUCAUGCCUUCGAGCUUGGGGCCUACAAUUUCAGCCAGGCCAACAUCGAGGCCACCUCGCGUGCUGCUGUCGUUUCUCUGUUGCGUUUCUUGUACACUGGAAGCUACAUCACAACCGCUGGCAGCGAUACCCUCCUGCACCAUGCCGUGACCUUCAAGAUCGCCCAGGAUUUUGACGUCCCUGCUCUCCAAGUCGCCGCCUAUGCCAACUUCAACAACAAAACCGAGCUCUCGUCUUGCUAUGCGACUCCCCCAGCUGAUUUGUCCGAAACCAUCCGCUUCCUCUACGAGCAUCUCGCGAGCCACCAGGCCCGUCUGGAGCACACCCUCGUCGACACCCUCCUGCACUACUGUCUCUCCAUCUUCGCUUACCAACAGCUGGGUCAUAGUGAGAGCUUCCGUCAAGCUGUCUACGACAUUCCCGCCUUUUACAAGGACCUGUGCAGGUUGAGCAUGGAAAGGAACUUUCAGGAUGACGGUGCCUCCGAGCUCCUACAGCUUCCUGCCCCCAAAACCAUUCCCGAAUUCAAACUGGACGAGUGCAAUCAUAUCAUUCACGACUUCUGGCAGGAUCCAGAGGAUGAUAAUGCCAUGCUCAUCGAUGACGUGGAACCCACUAACGCGAAUGACAACAAUCACUUCGCCGCACUCGUCCACAGGCCAAAGAAUAGCACCGACAUGGCAUUCCUCCCAGACUCUCCCUCGAGCGCAGAAGAAGAUUACGGUUUCACACUCGUCCAUCGUCCCAAGAGCCAUGGCCACGGCUUCGACGAUACUACCGGCGCGGUGUACGAGAGCGACAUGAGCACUAUGACGAGCCCCGAGCUCCUGGCAGCCCCAUCCGAUCUCGACGCAGACGGCGACACCGACACCGAGGAUAGUUGGUCCCUUGUCUGA